AUGGCGUGCAGGCGGAGGCGGCGGAUGGCUAGCGCCCAGGGGUACAAGCAGGAGGGCUGCAGGCUCACCCAGCAGGGCGGGACUGGCGUCGUCGUCGUCAGGGCGCGCCACCGCGCCACGGGUCGCGCCGUUGCCGUCAAGUCCCUCCAUCGCCGGAGCGGCCGGAGCUACGUCGGCGACGUCCUGCGCGAGGCCUGCUUCACUGCGGCCGGCGGCGGCCACACCUUCCGCACCGUCGCGCGCAGGCCGGGAACCAUGGACUACUCCAUCGUCAUGGACUACGUCGGGCCGAGCCUCAGGGCGGUCAUGGUAGACCGCGGCGACCGGCCGUUGUUCAUGGAGGCUGAGGUGCGCCGCAUCAUGCGGAAGCUGCUGGCCGGCGCCGAGGUCAUGCACGGGCGCGGCAUCGUCCACCGGGACAUCCGGCCCGACAACAUCUUCGUCGGCGACGGCGCCGGCGACGUCAAGUUCUGCAACUACGGGGCCGCCAAGUCUAUGUUCGAGAAGGACCCGCCGUGCUACGGUUACCCGGCCGGGACGUGCGCUUACGUCGCGCCGGAGGUGCUGGUGAGGAACGCCGGCCACGGCGCGCCCGUGGACGCGUGGUCGCUCGGCUGCGUGAUGGCGGAGCUGCUCACCGGCGAGCCGCCGUUCCUGGGGGAGGACGAGACGAACCAGCUCUUCAAGAUCUUCGACGUGGUCGGCGUGCCGUGCAGGAGGGAGUGGGAGGCACUGAAGCCCCAGGUCCGCGACGACAAGGUGCGGAUGUGGUGGGCGCAGCAGCGGCAGCGAGGGGGGCUCCGCAACCGGCUUCGCGGGCUGGUCCCGGAGGAGACGCUGUCAGGGGAAGGGUUCCAGGUCCUGCAAGGGCUCUUGAGGUGUGAUCCUGAGAAGCGGCUGACGGCGGCCUCCGCGCUCCGGUGUCCGUGGUUCACCGAGAACGUCGACGAGGAUCCUGUUUCGGGGAGGAUCAGAGUGGCCAAGAUCACCGGCAUGGCCAGCAAGUCGUGCUCGCUGGCCAUGUCUUUUGUUGGAUGUGCGCUAGGUUUCCUCAGGCUGAAGUCGUUACGGCUGUGA